GAGCUUGCUGAUAUUCAGUCGUCAGAUUCAAAAGCAUUUUGUAACAUUGAAUUCGAUGAAAACAAUCUUUUACACUGGACGAUCGUUUUAGUUCCUGAUAAGGAACCAUAUAAUAAAGGCGCAUUUAAAGUGUCGGUUGAUUUCCCGGUCGAAUAUCCCUUCAAACCUCCAAAAAUAACAUUCCUNCAAGUUUGUUUGCCUAUCAUCGCACCUGACAACUGGAAACCGGCAACAAAAACUGAGCAAGGUAUCACAAUGCGUUUGAAAUUCAUUGUUUUUCAUCGUGUCAUACCGAACACUCUUGAUCAUACUCUUGAUUUUGCGAUGUUUAAACUGAUUGAGAAUGCUCGUGGUUUGAUGAAUAAGUUUUUUGCAGUGAUGAACGCUCUAUUGGGAUUGAUAGUGGAACCGGAGCCGGAUCAUCCAUUACGAGCCGAUUUGGCUGAGGAGUUCACGAAGGACAGGAAAAAGUUUAAUAAAAAUGCAGAAGAUUACACGAAGAAAUACGGGGUUAAACGACCUGAUGGGUAUUGA